AAGCGCGACUCGGCGUCAGCAGCGUCGGGAAACAUGGCGGCCAAGGCGCUUCGGCAGCGAACCAGACGAGGCAGCAGACAAGAUGCGAGUAACGUGACCGCCCCAGCCGAAGCCCGUCCAGCUAAAGAGGAGAAUGUCAGCGAAGAUGGUAAAACCACAGAGACACGGCAAGAGUCGAUAAGUCGAGGGGGGCAGGUGUGGGCUCCAGAAGGGUCGACAGCUUUUAAAUGCCUUCUCUCUGCACGCUUCUGCGCAGCUUUGCUCAGCAACAUCUCCGACUGCGAUGAGACAUUUAACUACUGGGAGCCCAUGCACUUCCUCUUGUACGGCACAGGAAUGCAGACAUGGGAGUACUCUCCGUUGUACGCCAUCAGGUCCUACGCUUACUUAUGGUUGCACGCUCUGCCUGCGUGUUUGCACGCUCAUGUUCUGCAGACUAACAAGGUGUUGGUGUUCUACUUCGUGCGAUGCGUCUUGGCGUUCUGCUGCUGCAUCUGUGAGCUCUAUUUCUACAAGGCAGUUUGUAAGAAGUUUGGUUUGCACGUGGGCCGUCUGAUGUUGGCGUUCCUCGUCCUGAGCACGGGAAUGUUCUGCUCAUCUGCAGCUUUCCUGCCUUCGUCUUUCUGCAUGUAUAUGACUCUGGUGGCCAUGACCGGGUGGUUCCAGGACUCCACGCCGUUGGCCGUGAUGGGUGUAGCUGCAGGUGCGAUUGUUGGGUGGCCGUUUUCUGUUCUCACCGGGAUUCCCAUUGCGUUCGAUCUGCUGGUGAUGAAGAGGGAGUGGAGAAGUUUCCUGAUGUGGUCCGCUGCUGCUCUCCUGCUGCUGCUGGUUCCCCUGGUGGCUGUGGACUCCUUCUUUUAUGGAAAACCAGUGAUAGCUCCACUCAAUAUUCUUCUGUAUAACGUCUUUACUCCACAUGGACCUGAUCUGUACGGGACGGAGCCAUGGCAUUUUUAUUUUGUUAACGGAGUCCUGAACUUCAACCUGGUGUUUGUUCUGGCGCUCUUCUCCCUGCCGCUCACGGCCCUCAUGGAGACGCUGCUGCACAGGUUCAAUGUGCAGAACCUGGGCCGUCCGUACUGGCUGACUCUGUCUCCCAUGUAUCUGUGGAUGCUGGUUUUCUUCACUCGACCUCACAAAGAAGAACGUUUCCUCUUUCCCAUCUACCCUCUCAUCUGCCUCAGCGGCGCCGUGGCGCUCUCCUCUCUGCAGAAAUGCUACCACUUCCUGUUCCAACGUUACCGACUGGAGCACUACACCGUCUCGUCCAACUGGUUGGCUUUGAGCGCCGUUGUCGUCUUUGCCGCCCUGUCUCUGUCUCGCUCAGUCGCCCUCUUCAGAGGUUACCAUGCUCCUCUGGACCUGUACCCAGAAUUUCACCGCAUCGCCAAGGACCCGACUCUUCACGCCGUCCCCGACGGCAGACCUGUCAGCGUGUGCGUCGGCAAAGAGUGGUACCGUUUUCCGAGCAGCUUCCUGCUGCCACACAACUGGCAGCUGCAGUUCAUCCAGUCUGAGUUCAAGGGGCAGCUUCCUCAGAUGUUCGCCUCCGGCCCUCUGGCCACGCAGAUCAUCCCCUCUCAUAUGAACGACCAGAACCUGGAGGAGCCGUCCAGAUAUGUAGAUGUAAAACAGUGCCACUACCUGGUGGACCUGGAGACGGACGAAGAGACGCCGCUCGAGCCUCGUUACUCAGCCAACAAAGAGGAGUGGAGCGUCAUUUCUUAUAAACCUUUCCUUCAAGCGUCAAGUUCCUCUCCUUUCUUUAGAGCUUUCUACAUCCCGUUUUUAUCCGACCGUCACACCGCCUACAGGCGCUACGUCAUCCUGAAACCACGAAGGCAGAAGCUGCCUCGGAAACGGACCCACGGCUGACCUUUGAACUUCAGCCUUCAACCAAACCC